AGCCAAUACACGUAUUUGAAUCCCUGUCUUUAUGAAACCCCUUUUGUUUUAGACAUUUCAAAACUAACUAAAGGAGUGAUUGGUUUCUAUUCAGUAUACUCAUAGUGCAUCACUUGAUACUCCUUGGCCUGGUUCUAUGCUCGUCCGAAUCAGUCGGGUGUCCUCUCCCGCGUUGUCUCCCUUCUCUCUUCAUCUGAAGAAAAUCCAAAAUGAAAAGCUAUCUAUCGUUGGCAGGUAACUUGAUAGAAAUUGUUAAAGAUGCACUUUCGGGGUCGGGGCUGACAUGGGUGACUGUUCUGAUUACCCUGGCCGUUACUUGCAUCACUACACGUAUCAUCACGGACUUCCAAUCCCAUUCUAGCAAGACAGGUCCUGGGGACUACUGGCCUGUGAGAGUGGCCCCAUACUGGCUUCCAUGGAUUGGGCAUAGUCUAUCAUUUGCGUGGAAUAUGACGAGCUGCGUGAGACAAGCUAGGGACUACAUGGGUGAGCCCGUCUUUGGCAUUAUCCUUGGUGGUGUUAAACAAAAUGUGGUGGCUUCGCCUUCUAUGGCCCAGUCUGUGCUUGCAUUUCGAGGCGCAUCCAAUUCCCCGUUCAUCGACCGUGUAAUGGAGAGGGUUUUCGGCGAUUCAGGCACAGUGCGUAAGAUGAGUCCUGCUGAUCGGCAAGAGCUCCAUCAAUAUGUCAGCCAUUUCCUCCAGGAGCCGUUCAUCACUGAAGCUACGACUGCGUUUGUUCGUCGGAUUCAGCGUGAAACCCCAAAUCUGGUGACUUUCUCCUGGAGUAUGGUGGAUCAGACGCCUUGGGAACGUGCAAGUGAAGUCACAGUCAAAAACACCGACGGCAAAAAUGUUUGCGAAGCUAAUCUAUUUGCUCUGGUGCGGAAUUUUGCUGCGCAAAUCACCACGGGCGGAUUUUUUGGCCAGGCCAUAUUAGAGGAUUUCCCAAACCUAUUCGAUGAUCUGUGGAUCUUGGAUAGUCAGUUCUCAACUCUGUCGAAAGGUGCACGUCGUUGGCUACCAAUUCCGGGACUCCCUGCGGCAUACAAGGCCCGGAGUCGACUUUUGCAGGCGUUGGCGACUUUCCAAGAAGCUUUCAUCGCUUGGGAUAAUGGUAGAGACCCUGGUGUGAAAUUUCGUGAUCUCGAUGAUGUUGCAGAGCCAAUUAAGCAAAGGGCCCGUGCUAUGCACAGAAUGGGCUUUUCAUCGCUGGCCAGCGCAUCAGCACAUCUAUCUAUGCUAUGGGCCAUGAAUGGAAAUACGACGAAUAUUGUGUUUUGGAACUUAAUUCGCGUGUACGCUGAGCCUCCGCUGUUGGAAGACAUUCGGAAAGAAAUUGCUCCUUAUGUGAAGGCAUCCCGACCCAGUCUUGAGGAGACUGGAUUUCCGUUCGAAGAGCCUCCUCAAAUCAAAAUUGACUCUCAGGGACUGUUCACUUCUUGUCCUCUAUUGAAAGCCAGCUUUUACGAGACCUUGCGUUUGGAUUCUGCAGGGUUUUCACUCAAGGAACUUGACUCCGACCUGACCCUUACAGAAUCUAAAGAGGAUGCUGCCAUUGAUGGGUUAAAACAACCUCGGGUAUACAAACUUUCCAAAGGCGACGGUAUUGCAAUCUCGCAUGGUGCCCUCCAGAACGAUUUUCGUUACUUCUCGAACCCAAGCCAAUAUGAUCCCUUAAGAUUCAUCACGACAGACCCCGACACGGGCGCCAAACGGGCCGAGAUUCACACCAUCAAGCCGUUUGGUGGUGGCUUAACGAGAUGCAAGGGGCGUGUCCUGGCAGAGAGGGAGAACUUGGUUUUCAUUGCUACAAUUGUCUCCAUGUGGGACAUUGAACCGGUGCGCGGAAAGCAGUUGGUUAUCCCAACGCGCAAGGCAUCUCCGGGAACAUUUUCACCAAAGAAAGAUGUCAGAGUGCGGAUGACGACGAGAGUAUAAACGAUGAACUCUAUUUUAAUUUUACUUUAGUUAAUUUAGUUUUAUUUUUAUUUUUUGUUUGAUAAGUAGAGGGAAUUGUGGCAUAUGUGUGGCUGUUUCAAAAUUCAAAUUAGGCCUUACGACAAUGAUUCAUAGACAGAUAUAAUGGUUUUAUGUGUAGAC